UCACUUCUUUUUUUUUUUUUUUUUUCUAAAAACAAACAUUGCCCGGUCAAAUCAGUGGAUGAUGUCUUCGACAUAAAGAGAAGAAACCCGAUUUCUUUCCCUGCGUGUCGCGUUCGUUCUCGCGCUGCUUUCCACCUGAAGCAACAACAAAACGAAGGAAUUCCGCCACAUUGAUCAAGGUUAAGGUCAUUUUCCAGCAUGCUCAAACUUUCGCAUCUCUUAGACGCCAAAAGGCGUGACAGCUCCGACGCUAUGGUCGACCCGUCGCGGCAGUCGCCUCAGUCCCCGAUGACCACCACCUCGUCAACGCCUGUCUCACCCGCGGUCUCACUGUUCUCUGCCAAAGGGCAUACGCGCUUCUCAAGCUCUGUGUCCUCCUUGGUUUCGUCUCCCGGCCACGGGAAUUCCAUGGAAGGCGCCUCCAGGAAUCCCUUGACAGGAGUGAAGGAAGAAGACUCCUGUGGGUCCCACGCGAGGGAUCUCGAGGAGGAAUAUUUCCUUUCUUUUGCUGAUCCGCGAGCAGAGCACUUUGACCAAGGUUUGUCGGAAGUGGAAGAUUCUUACUUUGCCUCCAUCGAUUACUCGGACGGCUACGACCUCACUGAUGCCGGCAUGGAGAUCCCCCAUUCUCCGAAGAAGAGACGCUCGGACAGCAUGUCCGCCAAAGGUCUCUCGCGUAUAAGUUCUCGAAUAUCAACCAUCUCCUCGCGCUGGAAGUCCCGACGUGCGUCCGAUGGGCCGGACGGCGUGGACGCGUUCUCGACCACCCUGCGGUCUCGUACCAACUCCGCCUCUUCCGUCCUGGUCAGUCCGACGGUGGGUUCUAUCUGCCGCGUCGAAUCCGUUACGGUGCCUCCUUCGCCGGCAAGGACGAUCUUCGAGGAGCGCAUGAGUGAAUCGGGAACGCAACCCAUCGACAUCGCCAAAGCCAAUCGUCAUGGCGAUGAGGAAUCGGCGCCUCAGGCGACCACUCCGCUGCUGCCACCCUUCAUGGGAGACGAACCUGUUUAUCCGACCACCUCCCGGGUUCACUCGCCGCUGCAAUCGCCCUCCGUCGCCGACAUGUCGGAGGAUCUCCCCGACGGAAAUGUACUCCAGGACCCGCGUCUUGCACUGCUCCCGUCCCCGCCGCUAUCCUCCAAGCCGUCCGUCGCGUCCUUCAACCGACCUCGAGCCAGCACGGCACGAACGGUGUCCGGGGAGGCACCGCCGUUCAUUUUAUCGGAUCCCAAGGACGAGUGGGCCAAUAAACUGGGGCAUGCCAACUUCAACAUUCAGCCCGAACCAUACAUGCCCGAAGUAUACGAUCUGGAAUCCUUCCGGCUGCUGCGUGCCCAGUGGGAUCUCGCCCAAUGCAAUUUCGCCAAGCAUCUGGUUCGAACGGGCGAACAUUACGGAAUCACGUCCAACAUCUACAAGCUGACGGAGGAGAAGUGGGAAUCCAUCAACAACGAAUGGAGACGUCAACACGAGGCCAUGCUCUCUCAACUGGAGGCCACCGAAGGACCUCACCUACGCCUGGUCAAUUCCCACUGCGAUCCGUACGAGCAGUUUAAGGUCCCUCGCCUGCACGACGACAAGUUCCCCCAGUUGGGCGACGGCGAAAUCGUGGGGCCUAUGAAGAUUGCACCACCCACGACUGAUUCUGGGCUCUGCCGCAGUCAAUCGUUGAAACGCAAUUUCCUCAAAUUCUUUCAAGACCUUGUGACGCGGUCCUAG